AUGUGUCGACGACGAAACUUGUCUUUGGCUCAUGAAUUGCUCCGACCAGUUAUAAUCAUACUAUUACUAUCUAUAUUUCUAUUAUUUACUGUUCACUCCAACACGAAACUCAUGAAAACAACAAGACAAGCUACAAUACCUCCUGCGGAACCACCGCUAUUGAUUCUGAUAACGCCUACGGGAAAGCGAUUAGAACGACUAGCAGAUAUGACAAGAGUGUCUCAAACAUUGGAGCAUAUUGAUAAUAUACACUGGAUUGUAAUAGAAGACGGUAAUCAAACUGUGCCUGCGGUGGAGAAUGUUCUGAUUCGUAGUAAAAUUCCCUACAUUUAUCUCAACACGGUUUCUAAACCCGGUUUCCCUAAGCGUGGUUGGUCGCAUCGAAAUUUGGCAUUGGAGUUCGUGCGGCAAAAUUAUCAGAAUAAGUCAGGUGUUGUUUACUUUGCUGAUGAUGACAACACUUAUGACAAAAGGAUAUUUGACCAUUAUAUUCGUAAAGUCAAAAAAAUCGGCUUUUGGGCUGUGGGAUUAGUUGGAGGUGCUUAUGUAGAAGCUCCAAACGUGGAAAAAGGAAAAAUUAAAAGUUGGAAUGUAGUGUUCGCACCAAAUCGACAGUUCGCUACUGACAUGGCUGGCUUUGCAGUAAACUUAUCGCUGAUUUUGAAAAUGAAUGCAACAUUCAGUGAAGAUUGUGCGAAGGAUUACAAAAAAGGCCCAGAAUCUUGUUUUUUAGCUCAAUUCGGAUUGAAGAAAGAGCAAUUAGAGCCUUUUGGUUACGAUAUUACACCUAAAGAAGUUUUAGUCUGGCAUACGAAAACAGUCCGAAGUAGGGCGAAAGGUAGUCGUUAUGGUUACAUGGUGGAAUAG